AAAAUGUGAAUAAUGAUUACAAUCAAAUUCUUGAUUAUAUUCCGCAAGGAAUGCAAAUCCAGAUGAACUCCAGGAGGCCAGCCCUCAACAAAUGGUUGACAGACCGCAAAAUACAUGGGGCGGGUAUGUGACGGGUACCGGCGCUAAGUCAUUGACGGAACAGGUGCUCAACCGAAUGGCAGACAGCCGUGAGUCGGCCUACCAUACCGCUAAUAGUGUCGAACACAUGUCGCCUACCAGUCCCACAUCGCCUCUAAACCAACACAUUUACGUCAAAGAGCGAGAAAUGUACGAAUACCGAGAAUUCAAUUCAUCGCCCAAUCCUUACCGACCGAAGAGUCCCCUCUCAUCGACCGGCGCUCAAAAGCCGCCCACCAGUAGUGGACAGCCGUUCUCGCCGACGACGUCGCCCACGAAUAUCAGUUACCAUCAGCCGGAAGAGCAACAGUGGCUCUCAUCCCAACCCAAAGACAACCGGAUGUUUGGAGUUCGACCGCAAUCGCCCACUCCUGCGCCCAAUCAGCCCACGAAUACCGGUGCGAAAGACGUGCGAGUGUUUGGUGUGCGACCAAAAGGCCAGUCCAAGUCGCCUACCAGUCCCCUCCCGAAUGGCGGCUCAAAUGUGUGCUCAUCGGCCACUCCCAGUCCCGUACAACAGGCAGCGCAUGUGGUAUCGCCGCCACCCGGGCCGCCACCACCACCCGGUGCUGCCCUUCCCGUGCAAGACCUCAAACAGUUAAGCCUUCAGGAAAUGCAACGAAACGGCAGAGGAAUGGAUCCCAACGCUCACGACAAACAGUUUUACGCCCAAAACAAAAGGGCCGACACUUUCAAGACGCACGGCUUCGAGCGCCCGGACAGCGGACGGGUAGUCAACGACCGGAGGGUUGGGCCGCGACUCAUACGGCAGUCGUCGGAGGGAACGCCCCAUUGGAAGACACCUCUGCCGCAGAUGCGAGUGAAUCGUCCGGAAGUGAAUCAAUUGCUUCCCUCACAGACACGACAACAGCAGACAUAUAUCGUUCAGACGCCGCCCACCGAAAAGAACGCCAGACCCCCGCCCACCGGCACCCAUAGGCGCCGUAUUAGACCGGUGUGGCCGCCGCCCGACUGGAACGGGCGAUACGUUCCCAAAGUGGGCUUCAACGCCAGUGGCGGAAGGGACUCCCCGACCACUCGUCACGAUUGGCCGCCGUCCAGGUCCCAGUCCGUCGAGAAGGACUACGACGGCACCUGUAGUCCGCGUAUGCGCUACUCGACGCCACCGCCCGGUGCCCCACAGCAACAACAACAGGCGUGGAACCCGCGCGGGGGCUCAAUGUCGCCCACACCCGGCUCCCGACCCUAUACGCCCACCCGACGCGUUGUGAACACGGCGUGGCCCCCACCAAGUAACGCCACUCCGGCCGGAAGGCAGGGCAUGAAAGUAGUGUCUCAGUCGGCACCGGGCUCUCGACGCUCAUCACAAACGGAUGACUACUAUGUCUUCGCGCAUAACAAUAGGAUUCCGCAGACAUAUAGACCUCCCCCACAGACACAGUACUGUAUGGGUCAGUACGAGACCGCCUGAUGGGGACAGACACCCGCUUUUUAGGACUAAUUUUUUGUGCCAAAAGUUUUAUAUUAUAUUUAAUGAGAAAUUGUUUCGUUUUUUGUUUUAAAUAUAAUAAUUACUUAUUAAUUAUUUUCUGUUCAUAUCAUUGAUCGUUAAUACCAUUUAAAUAAUACACAGAAU